AUGACGACACCUAUUCGCAAAAGCCAUCCCCUUUUUAAAAUUGCUAACGGAGCUUUAGUAGAUAUACCUAUUCCAAGAAAUAUUUCAACAUUCUGAAAUUUUGGAUCUUUACUAGGCUUAUGUUUAGUUGUCCAAAUUGUUACUGGUCUUUUUCUUGCUAUACACUAUACUGCUCAUAUUGAUUUAGCUUUCUCAAGUGUUGCUCAUAUUUGUCGAGAUGUAAAUUACGGGUGACUUCUUCGUACACUCCAUGCUAAUGGAGCUUCCUUUUUCUUUAUUUGCCUUUACUUACAUAUUGGACGUGGUAUGUAUUAUGGAUCCUACUUAUUUUUUCAUGCUUGAAUAGUGGGUGUUGUUAUUUUAUUCAUAGUUAUAGCAACAGCUUUUCUAGGUUAUGUUUUACCUUGGGGUCAAAUAUCUUUCUGGGGUGCAACAGUUAUUACUAACCUUUUUUCUGCUAUCCCUUAUAUUGGCACUGAACUUGUACAAUGAAUUUGAGGUGGAUUUGCAGUUGAUAAUGCAACACUAACUCGAUUUUUUACAAUUCAUUUUUUGUUACCAUUUUUAGUAGCAGCAGCGACUCUUAUCCAUAUUUUAUUUAUUCAUCAAACUGGAGCUAACAACCCACUUGGAAUUGCAAGACAUAUUGAUAAAGUUCCAUUCCAUCCUUAUUUCACUUUUAAAGAUGUUGUUGGAUUUAUAGUUAUACUAACCGCAUUAAUUUUAUUGACUCUUCUAAAUCCCUACCUUCUUGGAGACCCUGACAACUUUGUCCCGGCUAAUCCACUCGUUACACCAGCACAUAUUCAACCUGAAUGAUACUUUUUAUUUGCAUAUGCUAUCUUGCGAUCAAUUCCAAACAAAUUAGGAGGAGUAAUCGCCCUGGCUAUAUCAAUCGCAAUUUUAAUAAUUUUACCUUUUACCCAUACUUCUAAAUUUCGAAGAUUAACUUUUUAUCCUUUAAAUCAAAUUUUAUUUUGAUCUUUAAUUGCAAUUGUUAUUCUUCUAACCUGAAUUGGAGCUCGACCUGUUGAGGAUCCUUUUGUUAUUACAGGGCAAAUUCUAACAGUAGUGUAUUUCCUUUACUACAUUGUCAAUCCUCUUUCACUUUUAUUGUGAGAUAAACUGCUUGAUU